AUGUCAUGUUCUAAUCUUAUGACGUAUAUCUUUGUCUUACUUCUGCUAGCGAACGCCAAAGGAGACCAAUCUACUGCAUCAAAUGUUAACUACAAGAUAACAACACUACUUGGAGGAUUUAAUGGAGAUGGGCAAAACGCAUUAACUGUUGGCAUGUUUUGGCCACAAACUAUUGCUAUUUCUUCCACUACUGGAAAUAUAUACUACUCUGAUUAUUUAAACAAUCAGAUCAGAUACAUUAAACCAGAUGGAAACUCUUACUUUCUCGCUGGAAAUCCCAAUUAUAAUUUUGAUUCUACAAACUUUCCAAAAGGACCCACACCUGCCACCACUUCAAUUCAUUGGCCAUUUUGUGUAGCAGUGAAUUCUAAAGGAGAGGUUUACUUUACAGAUGAAAACACUCUUCGAAAGGUCUAUAAAAAUUCCUAUGGCCAAGAUACAAUGCUCUUACUAGCUGGUGGUGGUUCAAAUCUUUCGAGUAAUAUUUCUGCAUUGGAUGCCAAACUGGGUGCUCCAUUUGGUUUGCUAGUUGAUGAAGCAAAUGAUGUAAUUUAUGUUAGUGAUACUUACAAAUAUACGAUACGAAAGAUAGUUAAUGGGACCAUCUAUACCAUAGCAGGAACAGGCGUGGAGGACAAAAAUACACCAGAAGGAUCUCUUGCAGCGAGUGCAAGUAUUGCAAAGGUUUUGACUCUAACUUUCCAUCCACUAACUAGAGAAUUAAUUUAUUUGGAAGAAACUGGCAGGGUCAGAAGAAUCACCAAUGAAGGAAGAAUAUUCACAUUGUAUAGUGGUACAAAUGGGGCAAUUGGAAUGGUUUUUGACUCAUUUGGAGACUUCUACUUGGCAGAGUCAACUCAUCAAAUUGUAAAGAUUUCGAAUAGUGUACGUACAGUUGUGGCCAACGAUGCUGGAGUGGCUGCUUUUGGUGGAGAUGGAGGUCUUGCUAUCAAUGCAACUUUGAAUAAUCCAACAGGAUUGGCUAUUUCUGGACGAUUCUUGUACGUUGCAGACACUUCCAAUUUUAGAAUACGUAGAAUAGAUUUGGAUACAAAAAUAAUUACAACAUUAGCAGGAAAUGGCUUGAGAAAAUAUAUGGGUAUUGUUGGAAGCUCUGUAGCUUUGUAUAGACCAAGAGGAACUUUUUACAAUUCUCAAACUGAUGAAUUACUGAUUGCUGAUUGGGGAAAUAGCAGAGUUAUAAGAUUGAAUUCUCUAUCAAAUUAUACUUCCUCAAAGAUUGAACCAAUUUUAGGUACUGGUAAUAGAGCGUAUUCUGCAGAUGGUAAUUUUGGAAAUGAAACAGAUGUAAUUUAUCCGCGAUCAGUUGUACAAUCUCUAUCAAAUGGUGACAUUUACGUUGGAUCUGAAAAUUUGGUUAUGAAACUGAGAAAGAGCGAUCAAAGAGCUGUCACUAUUGCUGGAACAAGGACAACCUUAGCUGGUGAUGGUUAUCAAGGUAUCUAUUCUCAAUUGUCACAACCAAGAGGUGUUUGUGUUGGUCCAACAGGUGAUAUUUACAUUGUGGAUGCUGGAAAUUAUGUUAUUAGAAAGAUUGAUUCGAAUGGCAUAAUCUCAACAUUCAUUGGAGAUGGAGUAUCAGGAUACAGAGAUGGGGAUGCAUUAACUGCCAGGAUAGGUUUUGCAUCUGCCAUCACUUGCCUAUCGAAUGGCGAUUUGUUAAUUUCUGAUUCUAUAAGCGAUGGUAUGCUGUUUUUUGGCAACUAUCUAAACAAUCAAAGAAUUAGAAAGUUCACUGCCAAGACGAAUCAAGUAACCACCGUCGCUGGUACUGGUGUCCGUAGUUAUAGUGGAGAUGGGGGUCCUGCAAUUAUUGCCCCUCUAAAUGGGCCAACAGGAGUUUAUUACAACGAAACUAAUGGUGAUAUUAUUUUCUGUGACUCUGAAAAUUACAGAAUUAGAAAGAUUAGUAACAGUACUGGUCUAAUAACAACAAUUGCUGGGACUGGGGUUUAUUCCUAUAAUGGAGAUGGUCUUGCUGCUCUAGCAACCAAUAUAGCACCUUUUGGAAUCUCAGUUCACCCAAUUACAGAUGAAAUUUACUUCUCAGAUAUGAACUCAUUUAUGGUUAGAAAAAUUGAUAGUAAGGGAUUAAUCAAGACAGUUAUUGGCUAUAUUCCUGGAUGCACUGGUUUCAGUACUACAAGCUAUGCAAACAAAACAUGUUUAAACUUUCCUUCACAAAUUAUCUUCUCUCCAAAUGGUGAUCUCUUCGUUGCUGUAUAUCUUGACCACAUUAUCAAAAAGAUGAAUUAUGGAUCAGAUGUGGUGUAUAACGUGGCUGGAACUGGAGCCAAAGGAGUUGUCCAACCUCCAUUUUCUGGAGAUUUGGAGGCAACUAGUACAAACCUCAACCAUCCAUUUGGAGUGGCAUUUUCUCCAUUUACAAAUGAAUUGAUAUUUAGUGAUACUGAUUUUUAUAGAGUUCGAAAGGUUACACCAUUUGGUUUUGUUAAAACUAUUGCAGGUGGUAUUGGUGAUAAUGGAUUAGCUGUCAAUGCUUACGUUGGGUUUGUGAGAGCAUUAGCCCUCACUGAUAAUGAAAUUUAUCUGUCAGAUAGUUUUUAUAGAAUUAGAAAAGUUUCAUUCUCAAGUGGAAUUAUUACAACAUUUGCUGGUAAUUACAAUUAUGUGGAAAUGGAAGACAAUGUACCAACAAACUAUACUAGUUUAGACAUUUACGAUAUGAAAAUAAGGAAUAAUGAGCUAGUUUUUAGUGACAGAUGUAGUAUAUUGAAAACUAAUAUUUCAGGAACUGGAAUUUUGACUCGAGUAGCAGGGAAAAAGGAAUGUGGUUACGUUAUUGAUUCAAUGUUAUUGAAUCAAACAACCUUUUCUACAAAUACAACCUUUGGUUAUUCUAUCUCAUUCACUUACAUGUCAAAUGGCGAAAUGUUGAUUGCUGACACCAACAACAAUGUCAUUAGAAAAGUAGAUUUAAAUGGCUAUAGUACAAUAAUAGCUGGUAAUGGAACAGCAGGAUUCAAUGGAGAUUCCGAUGCUAAACAAGCAUAUCUUAACAAUCCACAGGGUUUAUCAGUAUUGAGCGACGGUAGAAUAAUAUUUUCAGAUUCAGGCAAUGACCGUAUACGAAUGCUUUCUCCUUAUUGUAAAGAAGAAUACUAUAUCCUUACUCAAUCACCAGAAGGAUUAGUCUGUAAUUUAACAUCCUGCUUUGGAAAACUAUCUAAUGAUCCGAAUGUGUGUUCAGGAAAUGGAAAAUGUAUUGGAAUUGAUACUUGCAAGUGUCAUGAAGGAGUGAAAUUUGUUGGAAACGAAUGUAGAGAAGAAAGGUCAUUAGAAAUCAUUGGAAAACCUGCUGGUUUUGUUAAGGGAACUAGUAAUUCAUUUUAUAUGUCCAUUGUUUCUGUGAUUCUUAAAAAGGGAGAUUUUGAAUCGAUUAUUAAUUCUAAUAAUUGCACGAAUUGUACUUGGACAAAUUUAAAGUAUUCUUGGAAAAUAAGUGAUGGUAAUCAAACUAGUUUUUAUGUGCCAGAAUCUUUGAUAGCUUAUUAUCAUGGAAAGGUUUCCAAUGGACUAUUCAAACUUUCGUUUAGACCUAUUCUUUCCUUGAAAGGAACUACAUCUUCACUUCAAGGAAAUGUUACUUUAAGUGUCAAAUUCCACAACUCUAUGAAUAUAACAGAAUCUGUAGAAUUUGUUGAGAGUUUUCCUUUAAUUUCACCACCCCAAAGAAUCCAUUCGAAUGCCACCAUUUUACCUCAAUCAGGUAUGGCUCUUUCAUCACUUUUCACAAUUCAAGAAGAUUUAAAUAAUUGGAUAGUACCAGAUCCCAUUCUUGGCAAUCUUGAGUUCUCUUUCGGUUUCGAGUUCAUAAACUCAUUUGGAGAGAACAGUUUGAUUAGACUGAGUGAGUUUUCCACUAAUAGCUCUCUCACCACCUAUCUUCCUUUCAUUCAAAAUAAUCGAACAAAUGACAUGUCAUUUAGUUCAAUUAAUUUAUAUGUCAUUUGUAGAGAUAGUCUCUUUAAUGAAUAUCCUGAAUUUAUUGGCUCUGUGAAAGUGAUCCCAAACUCUGAGGAUUUGAACGAUUUGAUUUUGAGAAUUAGGCUUAACAAUGUUUUGGCCAAUAUUGUACCAUAUGAUCAAUCAGCAAAUCAAAAUACAGAUAUUCUUUACGAAUCCAUUAGAAGCAUUAACAUUCAAUUCGAAAAUCCUUCUUUGACACUUUCUGUCAUUAAUCAAUUAACAUCAAGUUCCUUGGAAACAAAAUCAGCUUACAUAGUGAGUUCUAAAUUAGACGAGUACUUGUCCAAAGUAUAUGAACAAGUUAGAAUUGAAAAGAAUUCAAAUGGGUUUAUAUCCAAGCAAAGAAUGUCCGAUACUGACCUUUUCAAUACAUUAUCAACUACGAGCAAUAUUUUGCUGAAUGGAUACGUUAAUAUAUCGAAUAUCUGCAAUCAAUUAUCUUCCAUUAUCCUCAGUCAGCAAAACGCAAAGGUUUAUUCAGAUUCAAUGGUGCCUAAUUCCUAUAUUUCACAUCUAAUCAACAUAACAACUACAAGCUUUUUCAAAACAUCUAACACUGGAACCAUUUCUCAAAUAUAUAAUGAUGUUUCCUUUGCUACAGAUUAUAUACUUUCGAAAUAUGAUGGUUAUUAUUCCGAAAUUGGUUUGUCUCUUAUUACAUUUGAUGAAAAUUUAUAUAUCAAUGGAAAUUCCACACAAUUAACCAAAUCAAAAGAAUUUACAAUGUACAAAUCUGGUUCACAAAUCUCUUUAUCCGACCUAAGAGAUCCUAUUUACAUCACAUUCACUAUAGAUACUAACUCUUCCAUUUCGAAUUCUUCGUUAUUAAGUUGUCAAUUUUGGAACGAAACAAACCAAAGAUGGGAAAGCCACGGAUGUUCAAUUUUCAGUUUUAACAACAAAACUAAUCAGUUAAUCUGCCAAUGUAAUCAUGCUACUCUCUUUGCAGCAUUUAUUGAACAAGAAACCCCAUCAUCUACUGAAUAUCUCAGGCAAAUUUCCUCUCUCUACAUUGCCCAAAUUUCAUUUGGUAGUUUAUUCUUGCUUCUUUCACUUACAAUACUUACACUUUUGGUUACCUUUAGAAAAUCAAUUCUAGUAAGAAGUAGAUUUAUUACGCCUUAUAUUGGAAUAACAGCUCUCAUUAUUGAAUGUUCAAUGCUGUUAAUCACUCAGAGAGGAAUUUUACUGGGCUAUGCCAAUAGUGUUAUUGGCAAUCAGCAGGAUUUUGAACAAAGUCAAUCAACAGUUAUUCAAUUACAGAAUGGUGAUUUGGUUGCUAAUAUUAUUUCCAAUAUUUUUACAAUUAUUGUAAACACAAUGACACUAACGGCUUUUUUUUCAUAUUUAUAUCAAGUUGUGAGAUUCCAAGUACUGAAAUACUUUUAUCAUCAAAUAUAUAUUAUGUUCCAUUCUAAAGAGCCAAAGGGUGAAACUAUUCUCAAGUUGACAAAAUUAUUCCUUUCAACAAGAGUAAUGCUAAUACUCAUGUGUCUUUUCAUUUCACUGAAUGUGAUUUAUUGGGUAUUAUGGGUAAUUCUUAUUCGUGUUGGGGUUAUUACAAGCUUGACCUAUACUCAUAUUGUUUCUAUCUCCUUUACCUGCUCCAUUCUCUUAUUAGGAUUCAUCACUUGUUGCAUUAUUGGAUUAGAAUUAAUAAUGACAUGCGUAUCAAAGAGAAAAGAAAGAGAAAUUAUACAACAAGGUCAGGAGAAUAAUGAAAAAACAAAUCUCAACUUUUCCUUAAAUGAUUUAAUAACUGGCAAGAGUUUAGAAAAAUUUGAAAAUUUCACAGCAACUAAAAAAGCUCUAAGAAUGCCACUAUAUGGAAUUCGUGAAGCUUUUACAAGGUUGGAUUCACCACUUUACUUUAGAGCUGAAAUGUGUCUAUUUGUAAUGUGUUUUACGUGUUUGGUAAUCUCACAAAUCAUUGGCCUGUCAGGAUUGUCAUUCAGAAAAGAAAAUUCCCUAAAGAUGUUGCUCUUGAAUGAUUCCAUCUCAUUACUGUUUGACAUUUUGUACAUGUUUAGUUAUUUGUUUGUGUUUGGUGGUUACUCUUUGGUUAUUCUAAUCAUUCAAAAAUUCAAGAAAAAACAAUUGGAGAAACAGGAUGAUGAUGACGAUAUUAGAAAGCUCAUUGAGCAUAGUGAAGGUUUGAAAUUAUUUGAAUGGUUCUGUGAAAAAGAAUAUUCACUCGAAAAUUUACAAUUAUAUUUGGAACUCAGAAAUAACCAAAACAUUCUUGAAAGUUUGAAUGAUUUCCAACAAGUCAAAACUGUCAUUAAUCAUAUUUAUGUUACUUAUAUUCAGAUGGGAGCCUUGAAAGAAGUUAAUAUUUCAUCAGAUUGCUCUAAAUUAUUCGCAUCUCUAGUCAAGAGAUUAGAUUCUGUAGAUAAUUUGAAUGUUGAAUUAGAAAGUGCAGAAAAUAUGGGAAGUAAAAAGACAAUGAACUUCCCACAAGGUUUGAAAGAAUCAAUCACAGAAUCAAUAGAAUCUCUUCAAAAUCAAAUUCGUUUCAAUCUGAGCGAUACUCUUUCUAGAUUCAUUUUUACACAACAAUUCAAGACCUAUCAAGAAAUUGUAAAUUACAAGGAAAAUCUACUCAAACAAGCCAAACUGGAAAUUUAA